AUGGAUGAGUAUUUCCGGGAAAUCAGCUAUCUUCUUUUCAUGGAGGAAAAACUAAGCAUGGGUGCAAGUAAUAUGUCUUAUUUGGAACCUCAAGAUAUGUUCCUUGAAUGGUACCAAGAGCAAAACAAAAAGCAUAAGCAAUUCAAGGUUACAAUACCAUUGACCGACCACAUUCUUGACAAGUUUCUCUCCAAGAAAAUGCAGCAAUUGAAGAAAACACCGUUUGGUUUAAACCUGGCAAUCAUUUUGAUGCUUGGAGACGACAUUGCCUGGUAUGCUCAAGUGAUGACUUCAGACAGCGUUAAAGCCAAAAAAGGUGGUCGCAAUGGCCCCAUGGUUCUUGAAAUGGUGGCUGAACUUUACAGCUGGAACAACAUGCCGUUACCAUUGUCUGUCAAUGUCAAGCAUCUUCGAAUUCUUCCUGUUUCAGUUCCUGUUAGCCGAGUAUUUCUAGCAAUGUCCCGCAUUGACAACCCCAAAUUUAUCAAGAUGCUUCUAGGAAAUGAACCUAUAAAGCAGAUAGUGUUCAAAAAUUUCUUGACUUUCAAAAAUCGAAUCAACGAGUCUCAAAAAGUGGCAGUUCAGUCUGUACUUAACAAUGCUAUCACUGUGCUCCAGGGUCCACCAGGAACAGGUAAAACUUCCACCAUCCACGAGAUCAUCUUGCAGUUACUGGAACUCAAAACUUUUCCCAUUCUUGUUGUCGCUGCGUCCAAUAUAGCCAUUGAUAAUAUCGCUGAAAAGUUGAUCAAAACCCAUGGACGUGAAAUUUUGAGAAUUGUCUCCAAUGAGAAGGAAAAAGAGUACUCGAGAGACCAUCCUCUCGCAUCAAUUUGCUUGCACCAUAAAGUAUACGAUGCUCUUCCACAACAAAUGAAGCAAACGGUUGAUGAUCUCCGUCGUCCAUUUUCGAAUGUGAGCCAGAAUCUGUAUAAGAAACUUCUUACACAGCAGAUCAAACUCUCCGAUAUGUUCACGGCACAAGCCAAAGUCAUCUUUACAACGACAGUUGUAGCUGGUGGAAACCAAUUGAAGCUGGUGAAAAAAUUACCAGUAGUUAUCAUGGAUGAAGCCACUCAGUCGUCGGAGCCAACUACACUCAUUCCUUUGUCUAUGCCUGGAGUUGACAAAUUCGUUUUUGUGGGAGACCAAAGACAGUUGAGUAGCUUCUCGAUGGUGCCUAAUCUCUCGUUGUCUUUAUUUGAGAGAGUUCUUCUUAAUAACUCGUACCGAAACCCACACAUGCUCGAUACUCAGUACCGAAUGCAUCCUGCCAUUAGUGAGUUUCCUCGAGUCAAAUUUUACGAUGAACUUCUAAAGGAUGGAAUAACUGCUGAUGAUCGUGCCAUGGACAACAUUCCGGAAAAUCCAGUGUAUUUCUGGGACACCAAGGGAAAAGCCAGAGAGGACAGAGUUCGAUAUGGAUUCCGCGAAGAUAGAGGAUACACUUAUAGCAACUUGAAUGAGAUCGAAUAUGUCACAAAAGUGUUAAUGAAGCUCAUUUAUGACAAGCAAGUAUCGAAAUCAGACAUAGGUGUGAUAACUCCCUAUCGUGGCCAAAGAGAUCUCAUUUCAAACCAACUUGUGAAAAAUGAUCUUAUCAAUCCUGAAAAGGAAGAAGUGCAAGUGGAAGUGGAUAGAGAUGACAUUUACAACGAAUCGAAACCGGUGACAGUCCACCUUGUUUCUGGCAUCAUGAUAGCAUCUAUCGAUGCUUUCCAAGGAAGAGAAAAGAACUUUUUGGUGAUGUCUUGUGUGAGGUCCAAUGAAGAACGCAAGAUUGGGUUCUUGAAUGAUAAGAGAAGGUUGAAUGUGGCACUCACUCGUGCCAAGUAUGGGUUGAUCUUGAUUGGAGAUGUAUCGUGCUUGAAGGGAGAUGAGCUCUGGAGAGAGUAUUUGGAGUUUUUGGAGAAAAAGGGCUCCGUUUUCAGUAGCGAUGAGUUUCUUUAUUGA